AUGUCCGUACCACUUUUAGAAUUAGCUUUCAUCAGGAGGAGUGAAGUGGACGGGCCCUGUGAUUGGAGGAGCUAUGCAGUGACCCGCUGCCCACCGCAGCCUACACACAACCCCUCAUGGGUAGAGAAACUCUCAGUUGAGCUCCGGCAUGGGCAGACCUCUGGGAAGGAUGUUAUCUUCAGUGUGGUGGAUGGUCGAACCAAAGAGCUCCUGGCAGUCUAUCGGCUGCCUGUGUCUCAGCUAAAGCCCUUUCAUCACUAUCACCUUGAGCUAAUGCAGCGUCCCAGGGCAGCCUCCUGUGGGACGCGUCUCUAUGCCACUGUAGUGCGUAAACUCGGCCUCCUUCCAAGACAACCCUGCUUUUCUUUUACUGGAUUUGAGGUGCUGCUACAGUCGAUGAACAAACCCUUUAGAGAUCCAGUUGGUCCUUUGCUGGCUGUGGCGUGGAUUGUUGCUGAUUAUGACUUAUUCAGAAACAACAUGCUGCAGCAUACUCUGAGGGUUGCAGGCAUCUGCUUGAGAUCAGUUUUGUUUCCUGAACCGCCUGACGGUCUCUCUGGCAGGGUUUCCUGAGGAACAUCCUGUGUGGAAUCACUGUUUCCUCUUCCUGGGUCGAGACUGUGCCACUAUCUUCACAGGAGGGGCAGCACUUGUUCUGGAGUUCUACCCCACAACAAAUGGUA